AUGACUGCUACAGUUGGUCGGCGGCGGUUUAUCGUCAAGGUUCCUGAUCCUGUCGUUUCACGACGCUUGAUCACGGCAAGUGAGGUAGCAACCCUGGAGUUUUUAAGAGCUGAGUUGAACUUGCCAGUACCAAAAGUGUUGGCUUGGAGCGACAACAAGGACAACACAGUUGGAUGUGAAUACAUGAUUCUAGAAGAAGCUGUGGGAGCAGAUCUCAAAAGCACAUGGCCCCGCCUAAGCGUUAAGCAGAGAAUUGGCGUUGUGGAUCAAAUUAUUACGAUUCAAGAGCGUCUUCUUGAAGCCAGCAAACGCUUUCAGGGUUACGGCAGUCUCUACUUCACCGAGGACGCUGCGAAAUUCAAAUUUCGCCGGCAGAUUAAACUCUCAGCAGCAAACUCUUCGAGAUUCAUUAUAGGCCCGUUGGCGCACGGACAUUUCAUGGAAUCAGUCCUGUGGGAAUCGGACUUCGACUCCGGUCCUUGUAAAUUCCUAGUCUAUGCAAGCACUGGGCUUCAUGCUUACUCCAUCGAAGGGUAUACUCCAAACGACUAUCUCGAUUCUCUCGCACGUUCAUCCCUGUUACAAAUUAGUAGUCGCGCCCACGAAGGGACAGAUGUUAUCCCCAGCCGACCAUUUUCUUUCCCAAUCAAGCCGGUUAGCGACCUGUCAAACGCAGCCGUACGCCAAAUGCUGGAACUGGUUCGCACAAUCACGCCACACAUCGUUCCUCGGUCCCCUGAUCGCUGUCUGCCGCUACUAUGGCACCGAGACCUUCAUGAUGGGAAUAUUUUUGUUUCCGAUGAAGGAAAAGUGACUAGUAUCAUUGAUUGGCAAGACGCGAAUGUCUUGCCUUUGUUUCUCGCAAUACGAAAACCGCAGUUUUUGGAUUUGGCCGAUGAUGCUCAGUUAUUUGAGUCACCCAAGGGCCUAAAGGAAAUGUCUCUUUCUGUGAGAUCCGAGACUUGGGAAAGGUUCAAUAAGACAAUGCUACAGGGCUACUAUCUAUCGCAUUUUAGGGAAAACAUACCUCCUGUCGCAGCCGUUUACGACGAUAAGCAGAUUAACCCGAUACGAAGACAGAUCGGAAAUUAUGCGCGAACUUCCGAUGGUCACGAUGCCGACGCACUUAUGCUCAGAAACACAUUACUUCGAGUUCAGCAGAAUUGGUCAAAGCUUACUGGAAAUGACCAAAUCGAGUCUGCUCCUUCAUGUCCCAUCCACUUUAAUCAUGAUGAGCUAGAAAAGCACUACGAGGAUGCACGAUGGCUCAGUGGAUUUCGUGACAUUCUUGAAGCUAGCGACAUAUCUGCCACAUUUCCUCUGGAGGGAUGGGUACCGGUUGACUUAUUUAAUGGAUGUAAGAACAGUCUUAGGAAGGUGAUCAGGGAGGUCAUGGAGUCCCUGGAAAAUCAGAGAGAACUUGAAGAGUUUCAGGUAAGACUUUGUUCAUGGAAUUUGACUGACUGA